AUGAGAUUGAGGUCAAAACGAGAUACUAUUAGCUACGUCCCUUCAAUAAAGUGUGAAUCAUGUUCAAUAACUUCAAAUAAAGAGCCGUUGGAAUGUGAAAUCACAAUUGGCGGUUACUAUUACGUGAAAGUCACUAAUAACAUGGAGGAUGAAUCAAAUUAUCGUAUAGGCGAAGUUCUUGCUGUUCGAAUUAAUGAUGAAAAUAUUCCCGAAUAUUAUAUUACUUAUGCAUCACAUAAUAGAAGACUUGAUGAAUGGGUGAGAGCUGAUCAAAUUGACACCAAGAGAGAGAUGGAAAUCAAACAUGAAGAUAAUAUGAUUUCUAACGUAAAAUCACCAAUGAUACUUGAAGAUUCUCAAGAUGAUGUUGUUACCUUUGCUUCGGAAACACCAGUAAAAAGCGAAGAUUCCCAGGAUAAUUUCCUUUAUAGUCCAGAUUCACCUGCAUCACAAUUGCUGGCUUCUUCAGAAGUGAAUGGAGAUGUUGGUGAUGAUGAUUCAAAUUUAAUGCAUGAUGGAUCUCCGGAUUUAAAAUACUUAACACCUCCACCUUCAAUCAGUUCUAAUAAUUCAAGUCCAAAGAUUGAUGAACCUUCAACUGCACAAAUAAACCAGGAUAAACCACGAGUUACUUCAGGUGGUAAGAGUUUCAAACCAGUUAAACGACGCGUAAAAAAUAUCAAGGAAAUUCAAAUGGGAGAAGAUCUGAUUGAACCUUGGUAUUUCUCACCAUAUCCUGAAGAAUUUAAUGGUGCUCCUGUUGUAUACAUUUGUGAGUUUUGCUUGAGUUAUUACAUAAGUGAAUUACAAUUCAGACGUCACAAGAAAAAAUGUAAUUUGUUUCAUCCUCCGGGAAAUCAAAUUUACAAAGAUGAAAAAGAAAAUCUCGCUAUGUUCGAAGUUAACGGAGAAAGGCAGCCAACUUAUUGUCAAAGCUUAUGUUUACUUUCAAAGCUUUUCCUUGAUCAUAAGUUACUCGCUUAUGAUACAUUACCAUUUCUAUUUUACAUAUUAUGCUACUAUAAUGAAGAUGGGUAUUGUAUAAUCGGAUAUUUCUCUAAGGAGAAAUAUAAUAUGGAGAAUAAUCUCGCAUGUAUCCUUACAUUGCCUCAACAUCAAAGGAAAGGUUACGGUAGGUUCUUAAUAGCAUUUUCAUAUACAAUAUCCAAAAUGCAAGGUAAAGUUGGCACACCUGAAAAGCCUUUAUCAGAUCUUGGGUUAUUAUCUUAUCAGCAAUAUUGGAUGGAAGCAAUUACUGAAGUAUUAUUAAAAGCUAAUGAAGAAAUUUCAGUUGAUGAAAUUGCUUAUCAAACCGGUAUUGAUCAAAAGGAUGUUCAAUAUACUUUACACUUGAUUGGAAUUUGUGUUUAUUUAGGACAACCUUGUAUAAAGAUAUCAAAUGGAUUAAUAGAAAUGGUUAAAGGUUCAAAGGCAAAAAGGCGUUGCACAAUUAAAAAUGAAUAUUUUGACCAACAAUGGGUGCCACUAGUUUAUAAUCCAGUUCACUGUCGAUUCCUUUAA